AUGCCACGCUCGAACGCCGCGUACUUGCCCCGGCUGCUCUCCCUGCUACCGCGGGACGGCGUCGGCGCGCGCAUCUACCCCAGGCGAUGGGUCUCCAAGGGCCUGCCCGUCCCCUCCGUCGCCAUCGGCCACCCUCAACCGGCGCAAGACACCAAGAACUGCUACUGGGAGGUCAAGGAGGUCAAGCUCAAGACGCGGCCGGACACGGGGACGCUGUUUGCGCGCGUCAAGGGCGUCAAGUACUGGAAGGGCAAGCGUGUCACGCCUGAAGGGAAGGAGUGGGAGGACAUCCGCGGCGGGCUCAAGUGGAAGUGGUACAGCGACAUGGUCCCUCCCCUGCUCGCUCGCGACCGGUUCAGCAACAAGGCGGCCGCGCCACCACCAGACGCAGCGAAGGAGACGGCCACCGAGGCGUGA